CUUUCCGUAUUUGCGUGCCCGCCGUGCCUUGACACUCUUUCUGUGUGCUCUCCCCCCACUCAAGCUCGUUUAACUCCUCUUCACAAUGGCGUUUCCUUUCCCCUCGCAGCGUAUGUUCAACUUCUACGCUUCCGCCGGGCUCAUUCUGAUACUCGUCACCUCCCUAUUCUAUGCUGCUUCCCUCACCAAGCCCAUCCGGCGCAUCAGAAACCCUUCGGCGGCCUUUCCGAACGACCAACUGCCCCUGCCGCACAACUUUGGUGACAUCGUGUCCGAGCUUUACAAGCCGAUCAAGCUUCCCGUGACCGCCACGAGCUACAUGGAUCAACGGGGAAAGGAGUUCGGCAACGGUGGCCGGAACUACUGGAACACGUCUCUGGAACAUGCCAUCCUGAUUGUCGAUAUUGAUACGAGAAGCCCAGACAGACAGAAUGGGGUAUUCAACGGGGCCAGCAAGAUGGACUGGGAGAAGGUGCAACCGUCAGGCGCUGGGUUGCUGACUUUGGCUCACCUCAACCACUAUAUUUACUCGCAAAUUCACGGGUAUGACUACAAGUUCUUCCACGCGCGGGAAAUGAAAGGGCAUUGGCAUACCUGGAUCAAGCCGCAUGUCUUCCGGCAGAUGCUACAACAACAACAACAGCAACAACAACAAUACAAGUUCGUUGUCUUCCUCGACGCCGACGCCGUCAUCCAGCACUUGGAAGUGCCGCUCGAGUUCCUUCUCAACCGGUGGGAUAUCUCGCCCAACACGUCCAUUGCGAUGCCCAUCGAUACUCGGCAGCUCUCAGAUGAGAAGAACAACAUCAGCACUGACAGCAGAGGGAAGGUGGUGCUGAACAGUGGCGUCGUCGUGCUGCAGAACCUCCCUUACACGCAUGAUAUCCUGCAGGCCUGGACGGAAUGCACAAGCGAGAAGCGGUAUCCGGGAUGCGGGCAGUGGAAGGAACGCUGGAGCCACGAACAGCGCGCGUUUUCUGAGUAUAUCCGCUAUGACUUUAAUCCGCAUGGGAACAAUAUCGUCGAAAUCCCCUGCAAUGACGCGAACGGAUAUCCCGGACUGUUCGGCAAGGCGGGCAUCAUUGAUGACUGCCAGGGCGAGUUCGUGAGGCACUACACGCUUGAUAAGGAAAUGACCAAGACCAGCACAAGCGACACGUUGGUGCAGAGCAUCGGCGAGCUGGUUCAAAAGAACUUUGCGAUGCAUCGUGCUAGCUUGCUGAUCGAGGAAUAAUACGGGCGCUUUCGUGUGGGAUCCAUGGUGAGACCCUCAUGCUUUGUGCUCCUCUCUAAAGCGGGUUAGAACUUUAGAAUGUACUUUCUUGGUUUAUUUAGCAGGUGUUGCCUGCGGUGUUGGAUGAUGGGAUACUCAAGAAGUCAUGGGCGUUCAUUGGUGAGUGAUGAUAGCGGUUUUGGAUAUGGUGCCUUAAACUUGUAGACGGUACUAGUAGCUAGUGCAGGGUCACUGCCAUAAUAUCCAUGCCUUGCAGUAUGAGAAAACACUGCGUCGUGUUGAUGAUGCCAGC